AAUAUUGGCAAAGUAAUGAAUGUUUUGCUGAGGCGUUCCCUUCAUUGCGAUAUAUUUACCACGUUCUUUCAGUUUCGGUUUCGACCAUCACACAGAAAUAUGUCCGAGAUAAAAAAGAUAAAAAUUUCGAAAGAAAAUCAAUCCGAGGAUAAUUUGGUAUGGAUUGAUUGUGAGAUGACAGGUUUAGACCGAAAAAAAGACAAACUCGUGGAAAUUGCUUGCAUAAUUACUGAUGGAAAUUUAAAUAUAAUUGCUGAAGGUCCCGACAUAGUUAUUCAUCAAGACGAUGAAACUCUAAGGGGCAUGAAUCUCUUUGUACAAAAUAUGCAUAGAAACUCUGGCUUAACUAGAGAAAUUCGAAAUAGUAAAAUUAGUACUAAAGAAGCUGAGGACAAGAUACUAUCAUUUAUUCAAGAGUACGCUCCGUACGGCAAAUGCCCUUUGGCUGGCAAUUCUGUUCAUUGUGAUAAAGAAUUUCUGAGAAACGAGAUGCCCAGAAUAGUCGAACAUCUUCAUUAUAGAAUCGUGGAUGUUAGCAGUAUCCGGGAAUUGUGUCAAAGAUGGUAUCACAAUGCUUAUAAAAUGCCUAAAGUAGGAAAUCAUCGAGCUCUAAUAGACAUAAAAGAAUCUAUCAAAGAGCUAAAAUUCUACAGAGAGAGAGCAUUCAAGAAGAAUUUUGGCAUUAACGCUGAGUAA